AUGCCCAAUUAUAUAAACAUCAAAAUCAUCAUCUUUGUACUCCUAUGCAUAUAUUUAGUCUCACAUGUAUGUGACUCACUGCGGUUCGACCUCCAAUCAGGAGAAACAAAAUGCAUCUCGGAAGAGAUCAAGCACGACGCCAUGAGUGUUGGCAAAUACAAUGUCAUUAGCCCCAUUGAAGGUCAUCAUGUUCCCGACAUUCACCGCAUCACUGCUCGUGUGACAUCGCCACGAGGUAACCAUUAUCAUUAUAAAGAUGUGGUAGACUCAGGCAGUUUUGCUUUCACAGCAGCAGAAUCUGGGGAUUUUAUGACAUGCUUUUGGGCUUCAUACCAUAAUCCUCCAACAAAAAUUACUAUCGAGUUUGAAUGGAGAACUGGGGUUGAUUCUAGGGAUUGGUACAAUGUUGCUCGAAGAGGCCAAAUUGAUUUGUUGGACAUUGAGAUAAGAAGAUUGUUGGAGACAGUGAAAUCCAUCCACGAGGAAAUGUUUUACCUACGUGAAAGAGAAGAAGAAAUGCAAUUGUUGAAUAAAUCAACCAAAUCGAAGAUGGCAGUGUUUAGUUUCAUUUCAAUCAUGCUUGUCAUGUUUGUGGCCGGAAUACAACUGUGGCAUCUUAAAGCAUAUUUUGAGAGGAAGAAACUCCUCUAA